AUGUCGUCCAGCUCGUCAGGAAAGGCGCCUAGGGUGCUUGCUUGCGUCUUAUGUCAGAGUAGAAAGAUCAAAUGUGACCGCAAAACCCCUUGCUCCAACUGCAUUAAAGCCAAUUCUACAUGCACACCCAGCACACCGGCGCCUGCGCGGAAGAGGAGGCGGCCUAACCAGGAUUUGCAGCAAAGGCUUGCUCGGUGUGAAAAAUUGCUAUCAGAGUAUGCCACUGCAAAGCCCUCGGCUCCGUCCUCUACGGAGUCUCCAGGCCGGGAUCAGAAUUGGAUGCCUACAGGAAAACUCAUAGUUGAUGACGGCGGCGUUAAGUUUGUAGACAGCUUCUUAUGGGGAAGUAUUCAUGGCGAACUAGCUGCGAUGCGUGAAAUACUAGAAGAUGACGAAAACGCAGAUGACCCGUGUACUCCGGCGGACUCGCAAUCGCCGGAUCCCAAUACAGGCCUGAUCCUGUCGGAUACGUCUGAUGCUAAUCUGGAAGAUCUGCACCCUAUGCCGGCACAUGUAUUUUACCUGUGGCAUAUUUUUCUUGAAAGGGUCAACCCGUUGACUAAAGUGAUACACGUACCCACAGUCCAGCCGCUUCUCGUUGAAGCUGCCACCAGUAGAGCCAACGUACCUAAGAACAUCGAGGCGCUAUUGUUCUCCAUAUAUUCUAUGGCUGUUGUGGCAUUAGCGGAGGAAGAAUGUGUAGAACGGUUUGGUUCAACGAAAGAAGAGGCUUACAGCCGAUUUUCCAGCGGCUGUCGUGUUGCCCUCAUGCGUAUCGGCAUCCUCAAGAAUUACGACAUGGUGGUGUUGCAAGCGCUGGUGAUAUAUUUGUUGUCUCUACCGGGUCGCUACGACCGUCAUGCAGCAUGGAUUCUCAACGGCGUGACGGUGAGAAUCGCGCAGAAGAUGGGGCUUCAUAGGGACGGCGACUUUCUCGGGCUCUCGCCUUUCGAGACAGAGAUUCGGCGGCGGGUCUGGUGGCGUAUCGUAUUGCUCGAUGCCAUGUAUGCCCUGAUGUCUGGUCUAGGGCAGUCCCUCCUCCCGCGCUUGUGGGAUACGAAGGAACCCCUGAACAUUGAUGACUCCGAUCUCUACCCUUCCAUGACGACAAUUCGGCCUAAAGAUAGCCCGACGGAGAUGGUAUUCUGUUUGAUAUGCUGCGAGGUGGCCAAGACCAUGGUUGACACGCCAGAACUACACGCAGUCAUCCUACAGAAUGAGAUGGGCUCGGAGACCACGGUACCCGAGAAAAUCGAAAGAGCCAAAAACCGUGUUGACGAGUUAGACAAGGCCAUCUCAGAUAUCCUCAGCAAAUACAGCGACCUCUCGAUGGGGCCCGUCCACAUACUAGCUGCCGAGACUCAGUCGAUUAUGGUUGCUAAGCUGCGAGAACUGAUUUGCCCGAUGAGGGAACAACCAGAGUGGGGUACCGAAAUUUUCACCCCAAAGGAUCAUUUAUUCAAGCUGUCCCUCACAGCGGGGGAGCACAUUUUGAAGAUGUACCAGUUUUCCAAGACAGGAGGCGCCUUCCUAUGGUUUGUGAGGUCUCAUUUCCAAAUCGAAGUCUUCGUGUAUAUGGUGGGCCAGCUUAGCUGGCGCACGUCCGGACAGUUGGUAGAGAGGGCGUGGGCCGUUACCGAAGUCUCCUACGGGUACUAUUCGGAACUGUACGAUCUCUCGGUGAAGGGCCAUACGACAGCCGCCAUCUUGACGGUCCGUGCUUGGGAGGUUCGUGAAAACGUGCUGCGGGAGGCUACGGGAACCACUCCAGAACGGCCGGGCUACAUACUCAAGCUUCAGAGUCUGCUACCACCUGAUGAGGCCAAGCAAGCGCACGCCGACCUUCUGCCUGACUUGAAACACCUGAAUGUCGGCACGGCAGAACCCACACAAGCAAGCGUCGAUGUGAGUUGGGAUCAAAUGCUAGGGUUUAUCGAUGCAGGGUCCAUCGAGUGGGGAGACAUGUUUGGGCAAGCGCAGACGAAUUACGGAGGCUUUGGAAUGGCGUUUGGUGGCAAUGGGCUCGGGUGGAUGUAA